UGACCCCGGAAGCGGCGGCGGUUCCCGGAAGCGGUUGAGAAUGGACGACACGCUCUUCCAGCUGAAGUUCACAGCCAAGCAGCUGGAGAAGCUCUCCAAGAAAGCCGAGAAGGACUCCAAGGCGGAGCAGGCCAAGGUCAAGAAGGCUCUGCAGCAGAAGAAUGUGGAGUGUGCCCGCGUGUACGCGGAGAACGCCAUCCGCAAGAAGAACGAGGGCCUCAACUGGCUCCGCAUGGCCUCGCGCGUGGACGCCGUGGCCUCCAAGGUGCAGACUGCAGUGACCAUGAAGGGGGUGACGAAAAACAUGGCUCAGGUGACCAAGGCGCUGGACAAGGCUCUGAGCUCCAUGGACCUGCAGAAGGUGUCUGCGGUGAUGGACAAGUUUGAGCAGCAGGUUCAGAAUCUGGACGUUCACACAUCGGUCAUGGAGGACUCCAUGAGCUCGGCUACCACGCUGACCACGCCGCAGGAGCAGGUGGACAGCCUCAUCGUCCAGAUCGCCGAGGAGAACGGCCUGGAGAUCAUGGACCAGCUCAGCCAGCUCCCCGAGGGGGCCUCGGCCGUGGGCGAGAGCUCGGUGCGCAGCCAGGAGGACCAGCUCUCGCGGAGGUUGGCUGCCCUGCGGAACUGAGGCCUCCCGUCAGCGCUGCGGACUGCUGCCCCACGCCGGCUGCGUGUGGGGCGGAGGGGCCCUGGGGCUCCUUCCCCACAGCCUCUGCUACGUCCUCGCUCUGACCUGGUAGCCGGGCAGAGCCGAGCAAGCCCUCCUUCGUGAGCCGUUCCCGGCGCUGCCUGGCCCUCGUUGGACUCUUCUCUUACGGUGUGGUGCUGGCRACUUCUCCCAGCGCAGGCAGAGAUGCUGGCAGGGGUUUGCUGAGCAAACAGCCGUGCUCUAGCCUUGGGAGUACUCUGCUGGUUCUGAUUUGGGG